AUGGCGUUACCGCACACCCAUGACUUCUCGAGAGACACACAGUUUCGAAUUCGACCUCCCACGCAAUUUGUGUGAACAAUUAUUUUGAUGCAACAAUUAAGCCGAUUAUAGAAGAAUAUAAAUAUGGCAGGAGGGAAAAACAGUCAGACUGGAUUUCAGCCGGAUUCCGACGUUCAUAUCACUUACGAGGAACAACAGAAGAUUAAUAAGUUUGCGAGGCAAAAUGCCAAAUUGGAGGAUUACAAGGAGGAACUUAGAGUAAAACAGAACGAGUUAACGAAUUUGGAGGACGCCUCCGACGAACUGGCUUUUGUGGACGACGAUGCAAAAAUACCAUAUUUUAUCGGAGAAGUGUUUAUCUAUCACAGCUUGAAGAAGGUGGAGAGCUCCUUGGAAGAUGCUAAAAGUAAGAAAGAGGAGGAGAUUACGAGAUUAGAGACCAAGUGUGCAGAUUUGAAGACUAUCAUGACCGAAUUAAAAACACAGUUGUACGCAAAGUUUGGUAGCCGUAUAAAUUUGGAAUCCGAAGAAUCGGAUUAAUAUCUUUUUCUCAUUGAAACAUUUAUUAUAUAUUUAAUGUUAGAAAUACACUUAUUGCAUUAUUAAUAUUAAUACUUGCCGAUGCAAUUUUGUUCAUUAAAAUGAUAAUAAAAAAUUUUUUUUUAUAGAUUUA